AUGAAGAGCUCAGCAAUUUUCUCACAAGGCUCCAUUCUCCUACUUGUCAUUCUCCUUUCAACAAUUUCCUUGGUGGCUGAAGCUCAGCAAUGUCGUCCAAGUGGUAAGAUUAAAGGAAGGAAGGCCCCUGCUGGACAAUGCAACCAGGAGAACGACUCUGAUUGCUGUGUUGCCGGAAAAAUGUACCCAACCUACACAUGCUCACCGCCAUUGUCUGGGAGCACCAAGGCCUACCUCACUCUUAACAGUUUCGAGGCAGGUGGUGAUGGUGGCGGUCCAUCAGAAUGUGACAACAAAUACCACAAUGACAACACACCAGUUGUGGCAUUGUCCACUGGAUGGUACAACCAUGGAGGAAGGUGCCAUAACAACAUCACAAUUAGCUCUAAUGGGCGCAGUGUGGUGGCCAUGGUGGUGGAUGAGUGUGACUCUACUGAGGGAUGUGAUGCUGACCAUGACUACCAACCUCCUUGUCCUAACAACAUUGUUGAUGCUUCAAAGGCUGUCUGGAAAGCCUUGGGUGUGCCUGAGGACAACUGGGGUGGCUUAGAUAUCACAUGGUCCGACCAAUGUCGUCCAAGUGGUAAGAUUAGAGGAAGGAAGGCCCCUGCUGGACAAUGCAACAAGGAGAAUCACUCUGACUGCUGCGUUGCCGGCAAAAUGUACCCAACCUACACAUGUUCACCACCAUUGUCCGGGAGCACCAAGGCCUACCCAACUCUCAACAGCUUUGAGAAAAAUGGAGACGGAGGCGGUCCAUCAGAAUGUGACAACCAAUACCACAAUGACAACACACCGGUUGUGGCAUUGUCCACUGGAUGGUACAACAAUGGAGGAAGGUGCCAUAACCACAUCAGAAUUAAUGGUAACGGGCGCAGUGUGGUGGCCAUGGUGGUAGAUGAGUGUGACUCUACCGAGGGAUGUGAUGCAGACCAUGACUACCAACCUCCUUGUCCUAACAACAUUGUUGAUGCUUCAAAGGCUGUCUGGAAAGCCUUGGGUGUGCCUGAGGGCAAUUGGGGUGGCUUAGAUAUCACAUGGUCUGAUGUUUAG